CGGAUGAAACUGAAAACAACUAGGAAGGCAAAUUCGUGCAAGUGGAUUUGCAAGCCUACAUCGAGCUGCACGGGGUGGGAGUGUACUGUCCGUACGGACAGCAUUUUCAAAAAUUCCCGUUUAUCUCUAUCUAAGUUGAUAGAGAUAACGUAUGAAUGGUCGCGGGAUACGAAGCGAUCCAGCGCUGCAGCCGAGUGUGGGGCAGGCAAGAGUGCCAUUGCGAAGUGGUUUUCAAUUCUGCGGGAAGUAACCGCAGAACAUUUUGAAUGCAGCCAGGGGCAAAUUGGCGGGGAUGGAUUAACCGUCGAAAUUGACGAAUCCGUCCUCACCAAAAGGAAAUACAAUCGCGGUCGCGUCUCAGCCAACAACCAAGUCUGGGUGGUUGGCGGCAUCUGUCGCGAAACGCGAGAAAUUUUUUUGGAGCUGGUUGAGCAACGUGAUGCUGCAACAUUACACCGGAUCAUCAACCAGCAUGUGGCUCCCGGUACAACGAUCGUGACCGAUGGUUGGCGUGCAUAUAAUGGUAUUGAUCAGCACGGUUUUAUUCACGAAACCAUAAACCACUCGCAAAAUUUUGUGGACCCAAGCGAUCCUUUUGUGCACACACAAAAUAUCGAAAAUUUGUGGCGCUGGGUUAAGCCCUUUAUUCGAUCCAAAGGCACAAAGCGAGGAGUGCUGAUUAAGUACAUACGCGAGUAUGAAAUGAAACGGCAGAACCAGAACAGCUUCCUGAGUGUGUUGCAGGCCAUCAAAGCUGUUCAAGAUUUUGCGUAAUAUGCACGCCAUCAAGAUCGGUCUGGAUCAAGCGUAAGUUUUCCGAAUUUUUUCAUUUUUACUUCCAAAUACAUUUUUAAUUCAAUAAUUUCUUUCAAGCUGGCUGGCUAAUGCUAAGAAGAGGAUGUAUUAAUUAUUUUUAAAUUUUAAAUGUAAAACGUUCUCUAUCUUGGAACUCCGUAUCCUACCUCCACGUGGUGCUGGCUGGAAUAUGAUGUCUGCUAUAGACCAUCAUAUACUAACAGGAUCGGGGGCAUUACUUUUUUUUUAUUUCUUUCCUUUUAUUUUAUAUCCAUUGUACAGGGUACUGCACACGAAGGCAUUAGCUGCAUGUGUGUAUAUUUUUUAAUUCACCGGACCGUAUGAGGCCCAAUCAAACCUAUUUUAUUAACAAAAUGAAGAAUCCUUACAGUAAUCAAGUAGCAGGCCGAACAUCGCAAAUAUAAUUUGGUCUGGUUCGAAACGUUCACGAAGGAUUAACGGAUAACGGAUUAAGGAAAAGGGGAUUAGCGAACCCAAAGCUGUAACAAUAUGACGAUGUAAUACGGUACGAUCCAGCCUCCAAAGCCAACCACACCACGGAUGAUCGCACAAUCAAUGAUCGACAAACAUUCCAGGUCAGUAUUGUUACAAGAUGUUUUAUUAGUUUACAGUUAGCACGAAUCUCAUUCUGAUUUGUUUGAAAUAUUUAUAAGUAGCCCUAGGGCUCGAAACAAACCACAAGCGAUCUACAACUUAGCUAUUAUGAUUAAUUAAGUUUAUCUUUCCUCUUUUAGGUAGCGACUCAUAAGGGGACCUCUCUCAGGAGAUAGCGGAAACAAACAGCGGAAAAGUUCACUCAUCAAAUCACAUACAUAUAAGUACAUAUAAUUCGCACAUACAUAUAGCAGGUACAUAUAAGAGUACAUAUAAUUAGCACGUCCCGGUACGGGUGAAAAAGCGAUAUCGGUUUGGAAAAUCAUUUCCAUCUCAGGGUUACUCGAUGACUCGAAAAUAUCGACUGAAAUUGUAUUGUAAGAGUUCAUACGAGCA